CUGGGAAGAAUGUCAGCUGACAAGGGCCAUAACAGUCCAAAGGAACGAUGGCAGAGGACGGCCUUCUUUGCCUCGCGGUUGGCUGGAGAUAGGGAUGAGAUCACGGGCGAUGCAAACAAGCAGCCUGCGGAUCCACAGCUGAAGAAUCUGGAGACGCAACACUGGCUUGAACUGGUCGAUGGAAAGCAUCGUUACGGGUCCAACCGUAGGUCUUAG